AUGUCGUUCAAUGUGAAAACAUCAAAUACGGCAGCACCGCCACGCACAUCUCAAUAUGUUGGACCAUAUCUUCUACAAAAAACAUUAGGCAAAGGCCAAACAGGACUUGUUAAAUUGGGUGUUCAUUAUUUAACUGGAGAAAAAGUUGCUAUUAAAAUUGUUAAUCGUGAAGCUCUAUCCGAAUCCGUGUUGAUGAAAGUUGAACGAGAAAUAGCUAUAAUGAAAUUAAUCGAACAUCCACAUGUAUUACGUCUAUAUGAUGUAUAUGAAAGUCGAAAAUAUUUGUAUCUUAUACUUGAACAUGUUGCUGGUGGUGAACUUUUUGAUUAUCUUGUAAAAAAGGGUCGUUUAACACCAAAAGAAGCAAGAAAAUUUUUUCGACAAAUUAUAUCUGCACUUGACUUUUGUCAUAGUCACAUGAUAUGUCAUCGUGAUCUCAAACCGGAAAACUUAUUACUUGAUGAUAAAAUGAAUAUUCGUGUAGCUGACUUCGGCAUGGCAUCAUUACAAGUUGAAGGAUCAUUUUUAGAAACAAGUUGUGGUUCACCACAUUAUGCUUGUCCUGAAGGUGAAAAAUAUGAUGGACGAAAAGCUGAUGUUUGGUCAUGUGGUGUUAUUCUUUAUGCUUUACUUGUGGGUGCAUUACCAUUCGAUGAUGAUAAUCUUCGACAAUUACUUGAAAAAGUAAAAAAAGGUGUUUUUCAUAUACCACAUUUUGUUCCAGUUGAUUGUCAACAAUUAUUACGUGGAAUGAUUGAAGUUGAUCCAAACAAACGACUAACGUUGGAAGAUGUUAGUCGACAUUCAUGGGUUACACAGUACGUAAAUAGUGAACAUACACCUAUUCAUCGUCGUAAUCGUGUACCGAUAUCGUCUAAUCGUUGUACAUCUUCAUCAUCAAUUAAAAGAAAAACACAUCAUCCUACAUCUAUAGGAACAAAAGCUGAACUAGAAUUAGAAUUACCAAUGGUACAAGUUGUUCAAACAACAAUCAUUCCGAAUGAAGAAGAUAUUGAUGCAGAUGUAUUUGCAGCAAUGACAUCAUUAGGUUGUUUUAAAGAUCGACAACGUUUAAUUGAAGCUUUGUUAAAUUCAAAACAUAAUACAGAAAAAGUCAUUUAUUUUCUUUUACUUGAUCGUAAAAUGCGUCAACCAAGUUAUGACGAUGUAGAAGAUGCAAAACAACGAAGUCGUUCUGGUUCACCCGAUGUACCACAAAAACGUGUUGAUCGUCAUCGUUCAAAUGGAACAAGUACUGGACAAAGUCCAAAUCCUAAUGCAUGUCGAUCGGGUGCUGUUAGUCAACUUGCUGAAGGUUCACCAUUAGUAUCAAGACGACAACUCUAUUCAAAUAUAAGUAAUAAAACAAUAUCAGCUAAUAAUACUCCAUCAGUUAGUCCAUGUUCAUCACCAACAAUUAUAAAAAGAGAUGUUUUUACAAAAAUAACAGCAUUAACUACUGGUAAAACAUCGACGGAAAAUCAACCAACUCAGAUACCACAAAUUCAUCGUCAUCAUCGUAAUACAUCAACUGUAUCACAAAAUGAAAAUAUUCUUACAACACAACCAUCAACACAAUCAAUAACAAUAAGUAGUGAUCAAUCAUAUUCAUCAGUUAAUACAGAAACUACAAUUAAUAAUGGUACAAAAUCAUCUCAACCAUCAAGACGACAAUAUCCACUACCACCACCACCACCACCGCUACCGCCACUACCAUUAUCAAUACCUCAAACAUCCGAAUCAAUUAAUAUCGAAUUAUCACCAUCAGUUAUUUCAAAUAAUAAUACUAAUAAUAAUAAUUCUCUUAUAUAUACACCACCAAGUCAAACAAAUAUUCCUCAAACACCAAAUAAUAAUCAAUGGAGACAUAAAUUAAAUAAUUUAAAACAAAGUUUUCAAAAUGUUGGUACACCACGAUUUCAUCGACGACCAAAAAUUUUAUUAAAUGAAAGUGAUAAUUCAACAACAUCAAAUUCUCCAUCACAAUAUGGUACAACACCUGAAGCAACAAAAAAAUCUCUAUUUCAUCACAUUAUUGAUGCUAUGCAAGAAGAUCAUCAUAUGAUUGUUGUUAAAGAUCGACCAUUAGCAGCUAUUAAAACUGAUCUUAUACAUGCAUUUUUAUCAACGCCUGAUCUCGUACAUAAUGUUUUAUCGGGUACACAAUAUCGAUGUGAAUAUCGUCGACCAGAUCGUUCAUCAAUGUUUCAACGUAAUAUACGUUUUCAUGUAGAAAUUUGUACAGUUAAAUCAAUGGAUUCAUCAUCACCUGAUACAUAUUAUGUUACAUUUACACUUAUUACUGGACAAGCAAGACGUUUUAAAAAAUUAUGUGAAGAAAUUCAAAUACUUUUUACAACAAGUAAAGAACGUCUAGCUAAACAACGACGACCACAACCACAACAACAACAACAACAACAAACAAAUGAAAAUCGAUCUAUAACUAGUGGUAAUUAUUCAACUAAUACAGCUGCAACAAAUCCUCUUCCAACGAAUUCAAAUACACCAAUGACACCUAGAUCAAAUGUUUCAUUUAUUUCAUCAUUAUUUGGUAAUACAACAAAUUCAACAAAUGUAAAACCUAAUAUUACUCCAGUUCAACAGCAACAACAACAAUCAUCUUCUUCAUCUAUUUCAUCUCUUUCAUCAACAUCAAAUAUAUCGUUGGCAAAUCCUCCAACAGGAGUAAAUCCAACAACUUCACCUUAUUCAGUAACAUCGUCAAUAAAUGACGAUCCAACAGUCGAAUCUACACGUCUGAAGAUUGCUCAUCGUCUUGCUAUCUAG